AUGUCGCGAAGUUUUUUGGUGGAUUCGCUUAUUGGCGACAAUUCACCGCCAAGUUACUCACUUCCGUAUUACGGAAGUCAGUUGCCAAACUACAUGUUCAAUUUCUUCAAUUUUGGACUGGGAUAUCAGCCAGUUAGGCCGGUUCCAAGACCCCCGACUUUGCCUGGCCCUGUUCCACUGAGUCCUCCUGCAAUAAUGGGAAUGCCUCUUAGUAGGCAGAGCCCUCCAUCGCCUCUUAAUUCUUCAGCAAGUCGCUUAUCAGACUUUUCAGGAGCUAACGAAUCACCAACACGUAGCACUACUCCAACCCCACCGCCGAAAUCACCGAAUUCAUUGAGCAACAGCUCAAAAAGGAUUCGCACUGCAUUUACCAGCACCCAGCUUCUAGAACUGGAGCGCGAAUUCGCAGCCAAUAUGUACUUAUCUCGUCUUCGCAGGAUAGAAAUCGCGAAAAACUUACGCUUAUCCGAAAAGCAAGUGAAAAUCUGGUUUCAAAACCGUCGGGUCAAGUACAAGAAAGAAGAUCUCCCUGCAGGUCAAAGUGCCAAGUGCUGCUGCCUGAGGACCUGUGGAAAGAAAAAAGAGGACUGCGAUGACAAAAAGUGCAGCACACCUGCUUCUGUUGAGGAGGAACUUUCUGAAGAGGAUAAAGAUAAAGGCUGUGAGGACAAGAUACGAGCUUCAACACCCGAGAAUGACAAACAAGGUAUUAAAGAGGAAUGCAAAGAGUCAUCCUCUGACAUUGUUCAAGAUCUUAGAACUUCUAAUGACUACUCGAGGUUUCCUGGGUUCUUUGAUUACCAGGAUCGGGGUCGCCGAGAAAAUAUUAACGUUUGUGAUGUGAUUGGUUCUGAAAGUCGGAAACGUAGUUAUGACGCUUUUCAAGAUUCGGAAAUAGUGAAAAAGAGAAUGAUGUCCGUUGAUCCGUAUAUGACUUCUCUUAAAGAGGGGCCGAUUAUUGUGAGAACUAAUACUCACACUAAAUACACCGUUGAGAGCAUUGUGAAUUCGUAG